AUGUUAGCAAAUGGAAAAGUUUUGGUUGCUGGUGGAUAUUCUUCCUCUCUUAGUGCCUCAAGCUUAAGUACUACUGAGUUGUAUGAUCCAGCAACAUGGAUAUGGACAAUCACUGGGAGUAUGAGUUAUACUCGAUAUAUUCAUACAGCAUCCGUGUUAACCAAUGGAAAAGUGUUGGUUGCUGGUGGAUAUUCUACUACUAGUGGUGAUUUAAAUAGUGUUGAGUUGUAUAAUCCAUCGACAGAAGUGUGGACACUCACUGGGAGUAUGAGUUAUACUCGAUAUUAUCACACAGCAUCCGUGUUAACAAAUGGAAAAGUGUUGGUUGUUGGUGGAUAUUCUUCCUCUUUUGGUGCCUUAAAUACUGCUGAGUUGUAUGAUCCAUCAACAGGCGUGUGGACACUUACCGGAAGUAUGAGUUAUACUCGAUAUUUUCACACAGUAUCUAUGCUAGCAAGUGGCAAGGUAUUAGUCGCAGGUGGAUAUUCUACUAGUAACGGUUAUUUAAAUACUGCUGAGUUGUAUGAUCCAUCGACAGGAGUGUGGACACUCACUGGAAGUAUGAGUUAUGCUCGAUAUAUCCACACAGCAUCCGUAUUAACAAAUGGAAAAGUGUUAAUUGCUGGUGGAUAUGAUAAUGGAAUUGAUUGGAAUACUGCUGAGUUGUAUGAUCCAUCAACAGGUCUGUGGGCAAUCACUGGGAGUAUGAGUUAUUCUCGAUAUUUUCACACAUCAUUAGUGUUAACCAAUGGCAAAAUAUUAGUUGCUGCUGGAUAUGAUACCACUAGUGGUAUUCUAAAUAGUGCUGAAUUGUAUAAUUCAUCAACAGGUGCGUGGACAAUCACUGCUACUUUGAGUUAUGCUCGACAUGCUCAUACAGCAUGCGUGUUAACGAAUGGAAAAGUAUUAGUUGUAGGCGGAGUCGGAAUUAGUUCUUCGGAGCUGUACCAACCAUAA